AUGGAGGGCAUCGGCAAGAUGGACUGGGCGCAGGUGAUCGUGACUCAGGCCGACAAUAUCAUCAACUACGUGCACGGGCACCAGUGGACGCACGCAUUCCUGCGGCCCCCGGAGCUGCACGGCGAGCAGAAAUCGCUGCAGGCCCUCCGCCCGGCAGGCACGCGCUUUGGAACGCAGUACAUCGCAGUGUCUCGUCUGCGCGACAUUCGCCCCCAGCUGCAGGCGAUGGUGGCGCACAAGGACUGGGCGGAGAAGGGGGGGAACACGCUGACGGGAUCGGAUUUCGAAGGGUGGGUGAGCGACCCAGUGUGGUGGAAGAAGGUGGACUUCUUUGUGCAGCUGAUGGAGGUGUUCUACAUCGUGAUGCGGAGGACGGAUUCAGCGGCGAAGGGGAUGAUGGGUCAGCUUUACGACAUCAUGCUGCAGCUGACGGGGGAGUUGGAUAAGCUGCUGGAUGGGAGGGAGUGCAAGCUGAACAGGGUGGAUAAGGAGAAGGUGAGGGAGCAUUUGAGGAGGCGUUGGGACGAGAGCUUGGCAUGCCCCCUCCACGUGGCAGGCCGGAUCUUGAACCCGGCCAACCAGGACGAGGGGAUCUUUCUGCAGGAUCCUGAGUGCACCAAGGUCAUGCAGGAGUGGCUGGAGCGCCAGCAGGUCUUCGUAGACACAUACUGGGGGAAGGCCCGCGGCAAGAAGGGACCGGUGCGGCCGCUACACGAGGGGGUGACGGCCUACAUCAACGGCGAAGGGAAACUCGGCUCUGAUACUGCGAUCGAGGGGCGUAAGGCGAUUCAGCUGGGGAAGGGGAACGUGAUGCUGUGGUGGCAGUACAAUGGAUGGGAGUACCUUGACCUGGCGCGUCUUGCGCGUCGCACGCUUUCCCAGACCGUUUCCGCUUCCCCGUGCGAGCGCAACUGGUCUACUUGGGAUGGCGUGCAUACGGCGCGCAGGAACCGGCUCGGGUCGGAGAAGGUCCGCGACCUUGUGCGCGGCUUCCACAAGGGUGCGGAUGACGCAGGGCCUAGUGUGGUGGGAAGGAAGGGGGGGGUGUUGGAGGGGAACAUUACCCCCCCUCCCCUCCCCGAGGGGUACAAAUUGGAGGAGGAUGGGGAGGUGGAGGCGGACGAGAACGAUGUGGAGGAGGAGGAGGAGGAGGAGGAGGAGGAGGAGGAGAGGAUCUGUGAGCUGAUGACAUUGGUUCAUCAUGUGCCAUCAUCCCAUGCAUGUGCCAUCAUCCCAUGCAUGUGCCAUCAUCCCCUGCAUGUGCCAUCAUCCCAUGCAUGUGCCAUCAUCCCCUGCAUGUGCCAUCAUCCCAUGCAUGUGCCAUCAUCCCAUGCAUGUGCCAUCAUCCCAUGCAUGUGCCAUCAUCCCCUGCAUGUGCCAUCAUCCCAUGCAUGUGCCAUCAUCCCCUGCAUGUGCCAUCAUCCCAUGCAUGUGCCAUCAUCCCAUGCAUGUGCCAUCAUCCCAUGCAUGUGCCAUCAUCCCCUGCAUGUGCCAUCAUCCCAUGCAUGUGCCAUCAUCCCAUGCAUGUGCCAUCAUCCCCUGCAUGUGCCAUCAUCCCAUGCAUGUGCCAUCAUCCCAUGCAUGUGCCAUCAUCCCCUGCAUGUGCCAUCAUCCCAUGCAUGUGCCAUCAUCCCAUGCAUGUGCCAUCAUCCCAUGCAUGUGCCAUCAUCCCAUGCAUGUGCCAUCAUCCCCUGCAUGUGCCAUCAUCCCAUGCAUGUGCCAUCAUCCCAUGCAUGUGCCAUCAUCCCAUGCAUGUGCCACCAUCCUCUGCUUGUGUCGCAGGGCAUCUCAUGCUCCGCUCCUCUGCGCAUCAACUCAAGCCUCCUGGUCAACUCCACAGUCGAUGCAUGCUCUGUCUUCUACACCACUGUGCUGGGCGACACGUGUGCGGGGGUGGGGCGGCAGGUGGAGCUGUGUGGGGCGGCGGCGGCGGAUGCGGAGUGUGAGGCGGCAUUUCAGGCGCUCAACCCCGCUGUGGACUGCUCCUCCCUGAGGCCCUCCCAGGCCGUGUGCAUGGAGAGGGACCCCGGGGUGGCGAAUGUGACAGUGGUGUGCGACCAGUACUACCGGGCGCGCCUCAACGACACGUGCGACAGCAUCAGGCAGCUGGCCCAGCCUCCUCUCAGCCCCGUGGACUUCUACCGCCUCAACCCCGGCGUCAACUGCAACCAGCUCAUCCCCCUCAAGAACAACUCCCGCUCCGCCACCACCUUUGGUGCUGAGUGUCACCAACUUCACAGCUGGUAUCUGUUCGAGGACCAGCACCUACACCAUCUCACCUGGGGAUGA